CGUUUAACAAAAAAUUAAUAUUUCUCGAAUUUUUGAUAUAUGAAAUGUCGUUUACGUGUAUAUAAGCCUUUUACUACUCACGCUACGUAGCCAUGUUUGUGAAACGUCAGUAACGUGACAUACGCUUGAAACGUCAAACUAAUAUUAAACUUGUAAAUACAUUAAUAUUUUGAUCGAAUGUAUUGUUUUUCAUUAUACCAAUCAAUACAAAACGAAUGAACGAAAAUCGUCAUGAAUACGUACGACAGAAACAAUUCAGGAAUAUCGGGAAAUUCGUUUGAUCGGUGGAUACAAAAAUCAAAUGCACAAAAUGACUCUCCCAUAAUUAAGAUGCAACAUCAAUAUUGGGUAACAAAACAAGCCUUAUCACGUAAGCUAGGAAAAAAAGAAGAUGAUUGUAUAGUCGCUUCGGAUGCGGAAUUGGAUGCCAAACUUGAAUUAUUUCGUAGCAUUCAAGAAUCCUGUUCCUAUUUGCAAAGAGUUAUUGAUAAGUAUCAAGAAAGAUUAUGCAGUCUUGCACAAGAAGAAAAUGCUAUGGGUCGUUUUUUAAAAGAAGCUGGUAAACAAGAUAAAACGAGAGCUGGCAAAAUGAUGUUAGCUGUUGGAAAAUCUUUGUCUUAUUCCGGACAACAAAGGCUUGCUCUAAGAGUACCAUUGGGAAGGUUGUAUCAAGAGGUUGAAACAUUUAGGCAAAGAGCUAUCGAAGAUACAUUGCAAAAUGUUCAGUCCAUGGAAAAGGCACGAACAGAAUAUCGCGCUGCAUUAUCGUGGAUGAAAAAUAUUUCUCAGGAACUGGAUCCAGAUACCUCCAAACAAUUGGAGAGAUUUCGAAAGGUUCAAACACGUGUCAGGCAAGGAAAACAAUUAUUCGAUAACUUGGCUUUGGACUGCCUACAAAAAGUAGAUUUGUUAGCCGCAGCCAGAUGUAAUAUGUUUAGCCAUGCCUUAGUUUUAUAUCAAAGUACUUUGCUUAAUUUUACUAAAAAAUCUGCACAAGCUUAUUCUACAAUCGCGAAUAGCUUCAAAGGCUAUCAAAGAUACGACUUUAUGGUUGUAAGAGAACUUGCAGAAACCUCUUCUAAAUUGGCACAGGAAACUGGCGGGGAUGACGAUCCUGAUAACAAAGAUAAAUUAUUAUUUUUUGAAUCAGAGUAUCAUGACAAUGUCGAAGAAGCUGAAGAGGUAAAACCAACUACAGAAUGUACAGAUAAACCAAAUGAGAAACUCUUAGAUAUCGAAUCUGAUCCAAAAGAUAACUUGGAGUUGAAAGAUUUAAACACUAAUCCAAAUUUAACCAAGAAUGGGGUAGUAGAACAUUCUAAUACCGAACAUGACAGAGAACUAAAUCAAUUUUUUGGAGACUUGAAUCUUGAAAUAAAUAAAUCUCUAGAUGAGAGCAAACAAAAACUAGACAAAAUAAACAUGAAAACUCAUUUAGAUAUAGAUAAAAGUUUGUCAGAACUUGAUUUGGCAAUGAAUGUAUUUGAUAUAUGUGAUACAGGUUUUAAUUUAACAGACUUGUCUUCUACAAUAUCGGAAAAUCAGAGUAACCAGAGUUCUCAACCGUUACAAUUGUUGACUUCGGAAAAUGCUGCACUUUUAAAUGAUAUUAUAAAUGACAAAGAUGAAAGUAACUCUAAUGAGUGGGAUGCUAUAUUAAAUGAUACAUUCUUGCCACCAAAUAUAUUAAAACAAAGUUUGGGUGAUGCAACGCUUGGCGUUGGACAAAAAGAUAUGCAACUUACAAAUGCAGAUGAUAAGAAAAAAGAUAAGGUUAAAAAGAGCAAAGGUAAUUCAUGGUUAGAUUUAUUUGCAGAACUUGACCCAUUAGCGAAUAAUCCAAUGGAAAGCUUAGGUAGUGAUGGAAAUGCACCCGUAUAAUUUGUAUGACGUCGAUAUAGUAUUGUCACGAAACAAUGAUUAGUUGCAUUUGAUAAACGGGACAAAGAAUGAUGCUUUAUUUUUCAUUAUGCAUACCGAGUGUUGAUAAAAUAUUCAUCUGUUAAUCAACAUCAAGUGAUUGCAUAAACCUAUACCUGCAUUUAAGCUAUUUAAAAUAAUGAAAAAUAUAAUUAAAUUUAAUAUUUUAAGAAUGUGGUUUAAACAUAACCAGGAUAAAGAGAUAUAUUUCCAUUUCAUAAAUUUUUCAUACAAGUUCUCUACCAAAGAUACAAGCUCCAAAUAGUUAUUAAGGUCUACCUGUCAAAUAUUUAUUUAAAAUAUAUGAAAGAAAUUUUGUUCUCACGAUAAUAAAAUGUAUUAUGAGAUUA